AUGAGCAAUGAGGUAGCCUCGCUAGAGGCAGAGGCAAAGGAAUACAAGCUACAACUCGAAACAGUCCAAUCAGGUCUCCUCGUGGAACCCGAAAACAGCGAACUCCAGAAUCUCAAACAAGAGCUUGAAGAAGUCAUAACCCUUACCGAAAGCGCGAUCGCAGAGCUAAAGCCUGCUUCAGCAGCACCUCCAGUUUCCAAAUCGUCAUUCCAACAACCAGGAUCCACCGAAAAAUGGUCAAAGGAGAAGCACCCCGCAUACCAAGCAGGAUAUCGACCGCCGGCAACUCCACAAUCUCCCACCGUAGAAGAAGCACCACAGACGCUAUCCGUUAACGACAAUGUGCUUGCGAAAUGGAGAUCAGGCGACAAGUCCUUCUAUCCAGCACGCAUCACAUCUAUCACUGGCUCGUCCGCAAAGCCUGUUUACAUCGUCACCUUCAAAAGUUACUCCACCACUGAGACUCUCUCAGCACAUGAAAUCAAGCCUCUAGCGAGCAGCAACCCACAAAAGCGAAAAGCUGAACCAACGCCUGCGCCAGCGCCUUCAAAUCCUUCUUCGGGAGUCAUAUCAGCUGCUGCGUCGAUUGAUCCCAAUCUAGCGUCGCAGGCAAAGAAAGAGCCUAGCAAGGUGUCUGAUGGACCGACAAGGCCGGCAAAGAUCCCGAGGAAGGUGAAGGCGAACAAGGAGUUGGAGGCAGGUAAGAGUAAGUGGCAGGAGUUUGCGAUGAAAGGAAAGGCAGGGAAAGGUACGGGUAAGAAGGAUAGUAUGUUCAGGACUGGGGAAGGAGUGAAUGCUAGAGUUGGCUUCACCGGCUCUGGGAAAGAGAUGAGGAAGGAUCCGACUCGGAGCAAGCAUAAAUAUGAGACUGGUGCUGGAGAGGAUGAGUAUUGA